UCCCUCGGACACAGCGGAUCAGCGAUCAACGGAAAGAGCCGAAAAUGUCAGCUCGGUCAUGUGAUCAGCUGUGUCCAAUCACAGCUGAUCGCAUGGGACAUGUACACUGAUCAUCAGGGCACUGAUGAUCAGUGUGCCCUGAUGAUCUGUGUAGCCCCAGCAGUGCCACCUGUCAGUGCCCAUCAGUGCCACCUGCCAGUGCCCAUCAGUGCCACAUCAAUGCCACAUAGUGCCUACCAGUGCACAUCAAUGCCACAUAUCAGUGCCCAUCUGAGCUGCCUUUCAGUGUCACCUAUCAGUGCCAGUCAGUGCCACCUAUUAAUGCUGCCAAUCAGUGCCACCUAUCAAUGCUUCCAAUCAGUGCCACCUAUCAGUGCCAGUCAG